AAGCCGGUCGGCCAUGAGGAUCUAUUACCUUCUUCUCCUGUUGCCCUUUCUGUUCUUGAUGCCUGUUCCAGGAAAUGGAGGAAUUGUAAAUACCCUGCAGAGGUAUUAUUGCCGAAUAAGGAGUGGGCGGUGUGCUGUGCUUAGCUGUCUGCCAAAGGAGGAGCAGAUAGGCCGCUGUUCUUCCUCGGGCCGAAAAUGCUGCCGAAGAAAGAAAUAAAAUCCGGAAACACUGACUGGGGACAUUGUAAAGUGUGAAAAUGUCUCCUGUAAGUUUACAGGAGAAAAAUCAAAUUUAAUUUUUUUUUUUUUCAAAAGAAAGAGAAGCUUGAUUGUCCUUUUUAAAUUCUGGUUAUUGUGGUAGUUGUUACCAAACUGGUAAGUUAGAAUGCCUUCCCAGACUCACCUUUGGAGUCUCCAAAAGGAAGCCUCAAAAAAGUCUAAACUUAUUUUCCAAGCGUUAUCAGAUUUGACUCCUCUUUUGCAAAUUAUGCUCCCCAAAGAGAUUGGCCUCCCUGUUCCUCCUAAAAAAUUCCCUUAGCUUUCCUCUCACCCAUGCCUCUGCUCCAGCGGACCUCUCACCAGGCAUACAAUCACCUUUCCAGCUUCAUCUCUAAACUUUUGCACAUCCUCCAGGGGCCAUCACAAAUGCGACGACCUCCUUACAGAGAGAGCUGCUUUCCCAAAAGAAUAUGAGCUUUCCUCUGGCACACUGCAGGGUUCGGACUGAAAACCUCUUCUCUGAAUUUUGUUUGAUUUCUGCGUUGUACCAUUCGCUUAUUUCCAAUCUCCAUGUCUGGUUGCAUCAUUUUUAAGGGCAAAGACUUUGUCUUAAUCAUGUCUGGAUGGCCUAGGAAAGUGCCUUGAGCACAAAAGCUGCUGAGAAACUGUUUCAUCCCGGUGGUCUGAGGCCCUGCAGUUUAACUAGUCAGUGUCCUCUCGAUGUUGAUAUGGAAGGAUUCCAGGAGCUGUGGUGGGAGACCCAUUUUCCUCACACCAGCCCUACGGAAAAGCAAGAGAACCAGCUGUCAGAAGAUGGAAACAGAUUCCCAAAGAGAAGAGCCUUGAUCCCACUUUCCAUCAAAAAAGCAUGAACUGAUUUCGAUACAAAUUUUAGGAUUAUUUGCUCCAGCUCUUUGAAAAAUACCGGUGGA